CACGGAGGUGAGAAUCGUUCAUUUUUUCGACCGGCAAACAUCAAUGUAGAGCCCAACACAUGAGUCCUGUCGGCUCAAAGUGGAGUCCUCCAGAAUUUAGAAUGAUUGUGGUCCUCCAGUUAAUGGCGACCUGUCUGGCACUGGUGUCCACACUCUUCCUCAUCGUGGCCACCUGGACAGACUGCUGGAUGGUCAAUGCUGACGAUGACUUGGAGGUCAGUCAGAAGUGCAGAGGCCUGUGGUGGGAGUGCGUCACCAACACCCAGGAUGGCGUUCGCACCUGCGACCAGUACCAGUACGAGACCAUCCUGGCGGAGCACCCGCUGAAGAUCGUGCUGACCCGAGCCCUGAUGAUCACGGCUGACAUCUUGGCCAGCUUCGCCCUCAUCAUCCUGGUGCUGGGCCUGGACGUCGUCAAGCUCCUCAAGGAGGAGCCGCACGUCAAGAUCCGGAUAUGCUACUUUGCGGGAUUCAUAUUCGGGAUAGGAGGGAUUCCGGGCAUGAUCGGAUCUGUGUGGUACGCAGUGGACGUGUACGUGGAGAGAGCCACCCUCGUGCUGAAGAACGUCUACCUGGGGAUGCACUACGAGUUCGGCUGGUCUUGCUGGCUGGGCAUGGCCGGAUCCACGGGGUGCUUUCUUACCUCAAUCGUGCUAACCUGCUGCCUGUAUAUUUUCAGAGAUGCCCGAUCGUCGCAGUACAACAGAUCCAUAUACCAGUACGGCAGGACGGCAGCCGGCAAGAAGUAUGCCGUGGACUCGCGUGUGUAGCACACUCUGUCACGCGAAAAGGAGGGGGAUAAAG